AUGAAGCUUAUACCCAUCGCUCUCUUUCUCUUCGCCGGUUCUUCAUUUGUAGCCGCGGCACCUAUCGAAGAGCUCACACCACUUGACGAGAAAACCACUACAACGACCACUGAGCUUGAGCCUCAGGGUUGUCCCAAUGGAUGGUCGUUUUGUGGCAGAUGCAAUGGAACUUCAUGUAAGGUCGCUGGUUUGAAUUAUUCCUGCGGCUACGGUACUUCAUGCACACAACAAAGUGGUGGAGGAGAUGGUGCUCUCUGUGGUACUUAUGGGGUCCUUCAAGGUCCUUAUUAUUGUCCUGGUCAUCAUUGA